GUGAACAAUGACGAGCAAAGCAUGAGCUAUAAGGUGCUACAUACUACAGGGCCAUGUUAUUGAUCGGAUCACGUUCAAAUAGGUUUCCUUGAACCCAAUUCCAAUCUGUGCUGCUUGGACAUAUAGACCACAGUGCCUUACACCAAACCAAGGGUACAUUGCAAGCUCGGUCCUUCUCCCCACGCUUCCACCAACGCGCCCUCCUCCUCCUCCUCCCCCUCCUCCUCCUCCUCUUCGCGCCCCAGCAAUUGUUUUUUGUUUUAAAGACUUCCGGACAGAACCCAUCUUUCGUGAUCCAGCACCAUCUCGAGGCAUUUGUCUUAUCAACAAUUUUGAUAGACCACCGACCAUCCAAGAUUGACCGUGAAAGCAUCCAUCACCCAUGGACCCUCAACCGGCGCAACAGCCCGCCGAGGCCACUCCAGAUGGCCAUGGAGCUCCAGCACCAGUCGCGCUCACCAAGACUCGUACUGAAAGCUUCUCCGCCAAGUCAGAAAACUCUCAGACUGCCGCAGACUUCAUCCGCGACCAAAUGCAACUAGAGGCCGACGCUCGCGAAGCUCUUCCAUACAGCAUCGAAACCUGCACCAAGCCCCUCGGCCCCCUCCGCCAGGCCGUCUUCUCCUGCCUGACCUGCAACCCACCACCCGCCGACCCGAAAGCGCCCUACAAUGCGGCCGGCAUCUGCUACUCCUGCUCCGUCCAGUGUCACGGCGAGCACACUCUCGUCGAGAUCUUUGCCAAGCGCAACUUCACCUGCGACUGCGGUACCACACGCUUCCCGCCCACGAGCCCGUGCAACCUGCGCAUCAAUGAGGAGACGGGCACCAAGGGCGGCGUGCACUCGGAGGAACCAGAUGUCAACAACAAGUACAACCAUAACUUCCGGAAUCGGUUCUGCGGCUGCGAGUGCGAUUAUGACCCGUUUGAGCAGAAGGGGACCAUGUUUCAAUGUCUGGGCCUAGGCACGGCAGAAACGGGUGGUUGUGGGGAGGAUUGGUACCAUCCUGGGUGCAUCGUGGGUUUGGGUCCGGAUUGGUUUGAGAAGAUGGACAAGAAGGAUAAGCCCAAGUCUGCGGCGCUGAAGACGGAGGUUAAGACCGAAAAUGGUGCCCUACCUACAAUUGCGGAAGAUGAGACAACAGAACAGAACGGCGCCCAUGCCGAAGAGGCAGAGGAAGACGAAGACGAAGACGACGACCCACCUCCACCGCCUGGCUUCCCUGCCGAUGACGACUUUGAGGGAUUCAUCUGCUAUAAGUGCGUCGAGGCGUACCCCUGGAUCAAGAGAUACGCGGGUACUGAAGGAUUCCUACCGCCUGUCUAUCUGAAGAAGGAGGAGCAAACCAUUAGUACCACCUCGGAACUCAAAGUCAACGGCAAUUCCUCAUCUAAGAAGCGCAAAGCAUCUGACGAGGACAACGAACACAUCGAGGAAUCCCAAGAAAAGAAGCCCAAAACCGAUGAAACCGUCCAUUCAACGACUACCGCCAUCACUACAACCGAGUCCCUCACAACCAACGGCUCUUCCACCAUCACCUCCACCACCAACACAACAACCCUCACCACCACAGACUCCUCCACCACAACCCCCCACCCCAAUCCCAACCCCAAACCCUGCCUCCUCUCCUCCCUCCCCCCACCACCUUCCCAAACCUCCCAAAACUCCCCCUUCUCCCUCUUCUUCACCACCCCCUCCUUCCGUUCCCUCCUGUGCCACUGCCCCCACUGCUUCCCCCUCCUCAUCCCGCACCCCCACCUCCUCGAAGAAGAAGACACCUACGAACCCCCCGUUUCCGAAACCUCCUCCUCCUCUCCCUCCCACUCUCUACACGGCGGCGGCGGCGGCGGAAGCAGCAGCAAGGGGUCGGGAUCGGUUCUCGAAAGAGGCGAGUCGGCCUUGCGGAAUAUCGAUCGGGUGCGAGCCAUUGAGGGCGUCAUGGCUUAUAACCAUUUGAAGGACAAAUUGAAGCCGUUUUUCAGAGAGUUUGCCGAGAGUGGGAGGGCGGUUAGUGCGGAGGAUAUCAAGGCGUAUUUUGCAAAGUUGAGGGGGGAUGACGAGGUUAGAACGGGUGGAUCAGGAGAGAUGGAGGAAGAGGAGGAGAAGGGGGUGAAUGGUGAUGGGAGGAAGGAGCAGGAUGGGUAUUGAUUGGGGUUUGAUGGGCAGUGUGUAAGUAAUAGGUAUGUAAUGGGCGGAUGGUGGUUGAUUGACUGAUUGAUUGAUGAUACCGAAACACGAGGCCAACGGUGUUUAGGGAGUUCUAUGGGUUUGGUUGGUUUGUCUCGUACUUCAGUUGACAAUGACUAUGUUGUCAGUCACACCUGUCAUCCUGGAAGUUACGACUCGUUCUAGUUAGUUCACUUUGAUGAGAAAGUCAAAUACUGUAGAACAUAUAUGCUGGUAUUGCUUGAUAGCUACGACAUGAGCUCGAUAAAGGCCCAAGAC